AUGGCAGGUAUAUAUGAGAAACCAACGUUGUUGGCUCUGCCCAGCCCCUUGGUGGGCACAGGGGAGGACGUGACCCUCCAGUGUCAGGCUGAAUCCAGGUUUGACAGGCUUGCUUUGUACAAGGAGGGAGAAGCCAACACUUCCAUAAGCCAUGAAUGGAGGUCCCAGCCCAACUUCCCCAUUCCGGCUGUGACCACAGUCCAUGGAGGGACCUACCGAUGCUAUAGUUUUGAUAGUGAUUCCCCCUACCUCUGGUCAGUUCCCAGUGAUCCCUUGAAGCUAAUUGUCACAGGUAAGGAAGCUUCAACCAGCCCCUUUUCUUUUUUUUUUCCUCUGGAUAAGUUUUUCCAAGAAUCAAGCCAAAAUCUAAGUCCAUUGUUGUCUGAGGACAAAUCUUUGUUAGCCCCUGAGGAGCCUGAUGACGCUAACUCUGCCCUAUCUUCAACUUUGUCUUCCUCAGGAGCUUCUUCAAGUCACCCCAAGCUUUGGGAAAGGAUCUUAAUAGGCGUCUCAGUAUUCCUCAUCAUCCUCUUCCUCUUUUUCCUCCUUCUUUGCCACCAUCAGUGUCAUGCCAGUUUCAGUGAGUUCUUGGGGACGAUGGUGGGUGAGAGACCUAGGCUUGAUGGGGGGAUGGCCCAGCCCCUCUGGAGCCUUACCCCUGCUCUCCUUGUAGAGCCUGAAGGCAGAGGCAGAAGAUAAGGAGGCUCUUAGGAGGUAGGGGCCUCAGAUAUACCCUAAUACCCUCGGAGUCUCAUUUAACCUCCUUCUUCCUCAUCAUUCUGUCUUCUAUUGCCACAGCCCAGCUGAGGU